UGAAUUCCAGACUUCCUAUCUCUCUACACACAAAUGUACCAUAGAAAUGUUUUUGGCAUAUACCUGCGGAAGGGCUUCUACGCAGACAUGGACGAACGCCCGAGAGUCGCCGAAGCCCUUCGCCGCGCGGAGCCAGUGAGAUCUGUGCUGUCGUGACGGGGAUGGCGAUCCCCCACGAACCCAGCCCUGAUUGCGUCGAACACUGGGUUCAAUUGGUGCAGUCAGUCAGUGCUAGUGUAGUUUCACCAAACUGGGGACUGUGCUUUCCGAUUCCUCUGCAACGGAAGCUUUCGUAGAUGCAGGGGGUAGAACACGUGCCAGGCGCCGGGGAGUUCGGCAAACACACGCAGCGCGAGGAUCCGAUGCGGUUUGGUUGCGAGGAGUUGCCGGCGACGGAACGUGAACAAGAGGGGAGAAUGCGAACAGUUUCCUGGAAUCGAGAGGCCGAAACAGGCUGUACGACUUCCAGUCGGCCCCGUGUGGUGCCAUCUGCGCGCUCUGGGUCUCUUCUGGAGCUGAACAUGCGGUGCGAACCAGCAGUCAGCGCAGAUUCUGCAGAGCUCAGUCUCCAGAUGGUCGAUUUCAAAUCUUCAGGAAGACCCAUCCAUUGCCCAACUAAAAAUGUAGAAGAUUACAUGCAGCAGAUUCUGCGGUGCUAAUCGACAUAUCGUAAACAUAGCAUGUUUCUGGUGGAUUAAGGAAGAAACCAUACGGGAGCUUCGCUUUUGUCUAGUACCGCGAAGAUUUCUUUCAGUUCCUGGGAGGAGACCAGAUGGGUUGCCGAAUUCCCACUUCGCUACGAAUAAUUCUAGUAAUGUAUGUAUGUAUGUAUAUAAAUAUAUAUACAUACAUACAUAUAUGUAUUAUGGGUAUGUCUAUCUAACUAUCCAAGUUAUUCCUAGUUCAUUGUCGAUGUACAUUUCGUGAAUACAUGCAAACCGUUCUGUUUUUCACAAUCGAUGUAACUUCGCUGUAACAAUCAGAAGAUGACGACUGAGACUUUUGAGAUUUUAAAGCGGUUGAAAUUCAAAAAUUUGUGGCAGAAUUCUGUUUUGGUA